UGGUUACAACAUAAAUUUAUAUUGUUUGUAGUCGCGUUCACAUAACAUCUUUAGUCAAAGCCGCUAAUGCAACAAUAGGUGUUUAUAUAAGUAUUAUUCAUCUAUCCGAGAACUACACAGAUUCGUAGAAUUAUUUGCAGGAGGGAUUGCCUGUCACGUUGUUUCAACGCACACAACAUUUUGCCAUUUGUUCGCCAGAUCGGAGACGCGAACAAUCGCUGUCGAUGUUGCGUCCUCGCGCUCAGCAAAGCGCAAAGUAAAAUAUUAAGUCAAGUUAAUCGGGCCAAGCACACUUGUGACCUUGUGACGUUUGACGAGUGUAGACGUGAAUUGUGAGUUUACCUGUUAUCAUCAUGGAAUUACACAGCGUGGUCGAGUGAGUACCGGACCGAUGUAUUCGCGGGAAAGUAAUCGGAAAGAAUUAAUGAAAACAAUUGUUUGACGUCAAACUCACGAGUAAAGUUCCGCGAUUCGAAAACAAAAAUUGCACAUGGAAAAGUAAUCGAUACGAAAAGUCAGUGAUGCAUUAUCCGUACCAAUGGAUUUUUUUUCGAAGAAACAGAUGUGUCAAAUCUCAUAGGGAUCAUACGGUUAAACAUUUAGAGAUAACGCUUGAUAUGCCGAUCGUUAAAUUGACGCCUACGCAUUAUAUAUGAGGAGUCUUCGUUUUUCUUGGAACGAAAAUAUUCACGAACUAGAAAAGACAAAUGGAUAUUCCAAUACGUUUUGACAGUAAUCUCUUUCUUUCUUGUCGCUACAAGUGUUAUCAUUCGCCUGUUUUGUGUAUCUGCUUUCAUUCGGAUACAAUUAGCCAAGACAAUUGGCGCUGGUGACACAAGUGUCUCCUAUCCGCAACGUACAUACAUACAUACGUGUGCUAACGCGGCUUACUUUUCGCACUCCUAUGUCGCAGGAAAUACGUUGGCAAAUGUGUGAUAACGAAUAUAAGACGUGACCUUUCCGACGUGAUGAAUGUUGUUCGAAGACUUGUUUGCAGGCCAAUGGGGCCUAUUAAUUGUAAUCGUAAUAGGAGUAGGACUCAUUCUGUUCGCGGUGCUGCUGUUUGUUUGUUUCCUCACACCUGGUUGCAUCGGUUAUGAGUGCUUCAGAAAACAAAGCAAAGAUAAUAAGAAUAUUCCUCUACGAGCGAAAAAUCGUGAAAAAGAAAACUUGAAACUCAGUGAUGUCAGUUAUAGAUCUUGGAGAUUGGGUAGUCUGUACGAAAAUGAAAACAACGGUACUAUUAGCGAAAAUACAGAAUCUCCCAGGGAUUCGUUUAAGUCUGCCAAUCCUCAGUGUAAUGAGACUGUUGAGUGCUCCUCUACGCUGAAUUUGAUUCAAGCGGAUAAACAGAAAAGUGAUAAGAAAGUGAAGGAGUUUUCACCCGAAUUAACAAUGAGUUUGCAAUAUCUGCCAUCCUGUGACAACAUUAUCAUCGGAAAGCUUGUUAUCGGUAUCGAAGCACUGUGCGGCCUUCCUCCGAAGCAAUACAAUGGCACUUUGGAACCUUAUGUAGCAUUAAACAUCGUGAAGCAAUCAUGGAGUCACAGAAAGCGACAAAAAUUGCACAGUUUUAGAACAAGAGGUAUCAGGCACACAGCCAAUCCGACUUAUAAUGAAACUUUUAUUAUCGCGUAUGUGAAACCACAAGAAGCUAAGGAAUGGAUUAUAGAUAUCGCUGCGUACGAUCACGACAAAUAUGCAAAUCACACAGAAUUGUGUUCACUUAAGAUAUCGUUGAAAGAUAUGAAGAAAAUUUUCUACAGUCCGGAAAUCCAUAUGUUUAAUUUCAAAAUGAAAUCAUCCAAUCAAGAAUUUGGCAAUAUUUUAUUAGCCAUAAGCUAUUUACCUACUGCACAGAGACUGACUAUUAAUAUUAUGAAACUGCGCGAUGUUAAAUUCACACCAGCGGUGCGGAGUUUAAACGAAUUCAAUCCGUAUAUUAGAGUGCUAAUGCUGAACGGAAAGACGGGUAAAAAAUUGAAGAAGAAAAAAACUAAAUUUUUACAGGCCGUUGCGCAGCCUGAAUUUAACGAGACUUUGACAUUUGAUCUGCCGAUCACUCAGCUUGAUACUGUUCAGUUUCUAAUUGUGCUUUGCAGUAAGACUUUACCAGAAAGAUCACCAACCAAUGCCAUGGAGCAUACACAUGCAAGUGACAGCGAAGAUUCCAUUAACUCGUUUAGAUCAGCCGAUAUUUCUAUUGGUAAAGUAGCGCUUGGUAAAGGAGUAAGAGGUUCAACGGAAAGACUGCACUGGUUUUCAGUACUUCAAAAUCCAAGAAAACUCGUUACCGUAUGGCACACUCUUAAAUAAUAGUCAUUGUUGUUAUAUAUGUAUGUAAUUGCAGAAAAAGAUGAUAUUUUAUAGAAUCUUUUAACAAAUAUUAAUAGCAAAAAAACGUGAAGUCUUAUAUGCUUAUAUCUUGUGAUUUCAGUUUUGUAUGUGACAAUGUGUAACGACCAAAGAUACUUUUGUGAAUUAAACAUUAUUUAAAUAUA